AUGAGAAUAAUAAAAAAUGUUAGAUAUAUUACGAAUAUAAAAAAUGUUAGAUAUAUUACGAAUAUAAAGAAUAAUAUUCAGAUGGUAGAAAAUGCUGCCAUAAAAUAUAAUAAGAAAGGAGAAAAUAUUUUUCAUAUAUGGAAAUAUGAACCCUCUAUGUGUAAAACAUAUUUAUCAUUUGACAAUCGAUUUAAUAUAAGUGAGCAGAGAAAAAUUUUAUAUAAUAAUAGGAUAAGUAAAUAUAUGAAUUUAAAAAGAAAUAAUACAUAUAAAGAUAUAAAAUAUUUAUUUUUAUAUAUAGAAUUUGAUAACAAAUCUGUUAAACAUUUUUUUGAAGAUUCUCUUCCUCAAAAAAGUAUAGCUCUUCAAAUCUUGACGAAAUUAAAUUAUUUACUUAUAUUAAAGAGGUUAUUAAAUAAUAUAAUACCAAAUGAUAGGACAAUAAAUCGGUGUAUUAAUUAUAUAUUGAAUAAUGAUUGUAAUGCUAAUAAUUAUAAUCAAAAUUUUGAUGAUAAUUUUAUUAUAUAUUCAUGUAUAGAACACCAUGCAUCAACGAACAAAGCAAACAUAAGAGCAAAUGUAGGUGUACAUAUAAAUGAACAUAUUAAUAUAAAUACAAAUAUGUGUACCAAUACAAAAAGAUACAAUGUUAAAGAUGUAAAUAACAUAAAACAAAAUACAUAUCAAAUAUUUAAUUAUGAAGAGAAAAACGAUAUAUUAAUAAAUAAUUAUAGUAACAAUGGUAGUAUAUAUAAAAAUGUUGUCAACAAUACUUAUGACAUAUCUAAUAUACAUAGUCCUUCAAAUUCUUAUGAUAUAAAUAAGGAAUCCAGUAGUUUGUGUGAAAAAAAUAUUUUAUAUCAUAUGGUUAAUAAAUAUGAUAUAGUAAUAUAUAGCAAUAUUAAUAAUAAAAAUAUUAAACAUAUAUAUAUAAAAGAUAUAUACAGACAUAUAUCUGAUCAAAUUAAUUAUCUAUAUAUGUUUGACAAUAAAUUAUAUGAUAAAAAUGUUAUAUUAAAAUUAUAUACAUUUUAUGAAUAUUUUAAUGAUGAAUUAGAAGAAAAAAAAAAAGAGUUCUUAUUUUUUCUAGAUAGAAUAAGCGAAAGAUUAUUGAACAAUAUGAAUUUUAUAGAUCUUGUAUUUAUUUUUCACAUUCAUAUAAAAAGAAAAUAUUAUAAUUUUCUCUUUUUAUAUAUAUUAAUAAAUAAAUUACAUUUUUAUAUUAAUAAUAAUAUAGUCAAUAUACAAUGUAAUAAAAAAAAAUUAAAAGAUAUAAGUAAAGAAAAAUUACAAGAAGAAUAUAAAAUAAUAAAUAAAUUAAAAUAUCAUAAUAUAUUAAUAGAUAGACAAAAAAAUAAUAUUAAAUAUAAUAUCAAAUGGUUAACCUUAUUUUUUCAUUCCUUAAUACAAUAUUUUGUAUAUUUAAAUAAUUCAUCUCAUAUUUUAAUAAAUCAUAAAGACAAAAUCAUAUUUAUAAAACAUCUCUUAUAUAAUAACUUUGCACAAAUGUUUCUUAAAUAUUUAUGUGAUAAUUAUGUGUAUUUCACGCCUAUCAAUAUUUUAUCUAUUUAUUCUUCUUUCAUAAAUUUAAAUAUUAUAAACGAUGAAACGUUAAAAUGUGUCCUCUUUAAAUAUAUUAACUAUAGCAAUAUUUUAUUACUUAAGUAUAAGGGGGACAUUUAUGAUUAUAAGGAUAAAGAGGAACAUGAACAUGAAAAUAAAGGUAAAGACAUAGAUAUAAAUAUAGAUAAAUAUAUAGAUAAAUAUAUAGAUAAAAAUAUAGAUAAAUAUAUAGAUAAAUAUAUAGAUAAAUAUAUAGAUAAAAAUGUAGAUAAAUAUAUAGAUAAAAAUGUAGAUAAAUAUAUAGAUAAAUAUGUAGAUAAAUAUAUAGAUAAAUAUAUAGAUAAAAAUGUGCAUAAACAUAUAUAUAACAAGUGUCAUAAGAAGGAACGUAAAAAUAUAUUUAUUUAUAAUAAUAAUGAGGUACAAACAUUUUAUUCCUCCUUUUUGAAUAUAUUUUCCAAAUUUUUUGUUCACUUUAAAUUUACAAACGAGGAAUACACAUAUAUACUAAAGAGUUUAUUAAUAUUAUUUGAUAAUUAUUUAAUAUUAAUAUUACAACUAUAUAUAAAAAAUGAAUCCUAUGUAUUAUCUGACUUAUGUAUUGAUGAUAAGAAAGGGAAUGAAAAUCUUAUAAAAUCUGCAAAGGAUGAUAAUAUCGAUAAGUUAUUUUAUAUAAAUGAGCAAGCAAAAAAAAAUCCACAUCAUAAUAAUAAUAGGAAUAACGAUACAUUUUGUGAUGAUUUAAAAUAUAUAACAUUUAUAAAUUUGUUAAAAAUUAUAAUGAAUAGUAAUAAUUAUACAAAUUUUAUAUGCUCAUAUAAUUAUAAUAUAAAAAACAUUAACAUUGAUAAGAAUAUUUUUUGUUUUAAUUAUGAUAAUAUUUAUAAUGUCGAAAAUAUCGAACACAAUAUUAAGUACAUUGUGAAUUCUUUAAAUUCUUUAUAUAAAAUUACAGAACAUUUUAUUAAUACUUAUAAGAUCAAUGAAUUAAGUAAAUUAUUUAAUAAGACAUAUAUAUAUAAUUUUAUAACAAAGUUCAUAUAUAAUAAAUAUAUAAAUUAUAAUAAUAUACCAUAUUACAAGAAAUUGUAUACUUAUAUACAUUUAUCUUUACAUAAUUAUGAAGAAAUGUAUCAUAAUUUUUAUUGUUCUAUCAAUCGGUUGUUUAUUAGUAAUUAUAUAUUAAACUUAUAUUUGACUAAUUUGGUCAGUGUGUAUUUAAAUAAACUCAUAAGAAAUAUUAAAGAGGAAGAAAGAUAUUAUUUGGACAAAAAAGAAAAAGAAAUUUUACAAAAUGAACAACAUAUGAAUUUUAUUUAUUUAGAAGAUACAAAAAAUGAAAAAAUAAAAAAUGAUAAAAAAAAAAUUGAAAAAAUAAAAAAUGAGAAAGAAAAAAAUGAAAAAACAAAAAAUAUAUCUUUUUUAAAAAAUGAAAAAACAAAAAAUAUAUCUUUUUUAAAAAAUGAAAAAACAAAAAAUAUAUCUUUAUUAAAAAAUGAAAAAACAAAAAAUAUAUCUUUUUUAAAAAAUGAAAAAACAAAAAAUAUAUCUUUUUUAAAAAAUAAAAAAGAAAACCAUAUAUAUGAUACUUUUUUUUUCUCACAACUUGUGACCAAUAGUCUAGGAGCAAUACAACAUAUGAAAAUAUUAAGAUAUGAUAUAUUUCUUCAAAUUUCUUAUAUUUUAAAAAAAAACAUAUUCCCCUUAAGUUUAGUACAUAUAGGUAAUAUUAUACAUUCAUAUGCUUCUUUUAAAAUACAAGAUCUUGUAUUAAUAAAAUAUUUAUUAAAUAAAUUAAUAAAAACAAAUAAUUUAAUUCAUAUUAUUAAUGAUCAAUCUUUAGGAAACAUUUCUAUAUCCUUAUUAAAAUUAAAUUAUUACAAUGAACAAUUUACUCGUAUUAUAUUAAAUAAUUAUAAUAAGAUAAUAUCCUUACAAGCAUUAAUAAAUAUAACAUUUUAUUUAUGUUAUUAUAAUAAUGAAUUAUUAGAAUGUUUUUUGAAAAAUCAUUUGAAUUAUUUCUUAGAAAAAAUAUGUAAAUCAAAUAUGUUACAUAAUAUAAAUAUAAAGGCUAAAACACAAUUAAAAUUAAUCUGUUAUCAAAUUUUAUAUAUACAUGAAUACACGUUAAAAGGUAAUAUACAAUCCAAAGAAUUUUCAUGUCUAUUUAAUUAUUUAGACAAUGGAAAUAUAUUACAUACUACAUCAUACAAUUCUUAUAUAUAUACGCUAAAAAGGGUAUGUAAUUAUCUUUUAAUAUUUGAUGAUAAAAAAAAAAAACAGGCCCAAAAUAACCAUUUUCUUAAAAAUAAGUAUAUAUUAGUACCUUAUCAAAAAUACAUAAAAAUUAUGCAAAGUAAUUUGUUAUAUUAUAAAUAUUUAAAAUAUCAUGAAAAGGAAAAUAAAAAUAAAACAAAUACCUUUUCGUCUACUUAUAAUAUGUAUAUAAAUAAAAAUAUAAAAUAUGAUAAUACAAAUCAGGAUCAAAAUAAUGGUAUUAAUUUAUUUGAUAUUUUUAAUUAUAAAAUUAUGAAUAGUAAAAUUAACAUGGAUAUUAAUGGAUAUAAACCAAAAAAUGUAAAACAAGAGGAAAUAGAUAUGUCUUAUAAGGAAGAUGAUGAUAAAAAGAAUAAUAUUAAAAAAUAUAAUAUUAAAAAAUAUAAUAUUGAUAAUAAUCAAUAUGUAAACCAAGUUAAUAUAAUUAAUCACUCAUCUUAUUUACAUCUUCUUUAUAUCUCAGCAUUUCCAUUUGAGGUAGAGCAAAUUUAUACACACUCAGAAUUAUAUAACCAAGUAUAUGACACAAUCGUGUCCUUAAAUUUGAAGAGAAAAAUAAUCAAAGAGUUGUUACAUUAUCCCUAUUACGUAGAUAUAGUUAUAUUAUAA